AUGGCAAAUUCACGUGAAGGUUCACGUAAUGUUAGUCGUGAACAAUCACGUAAUGCAUCACGUGAAUCAAGUGUUAGUGAACGAGCAUCAAAUGUUGGUUUAACAACACAAUUAAGUAAAACAUCAAUAAAUGAAUCCUCAACUGUAAUUAAUCCCGAUCCAUCAAAUACAUCAUUCGAUGAAGAAAAAACACAAGCUCGUGUACAUGCAUUAAUUGAAGAAUAUACUGAAAAUUAUUCUGAAUCAACUGAUCGACCUGUUAAAGAAGCAUUAGAAGAUUUAUCUCUUUUCCGUACUCCAAGUCUUGAUCAACAAGCAAUUAUUGUUCGAGAAUUAUUUUCUAAUGUUUUCGAAGCUAAACCACGUGCUCGAAAAGCUGUUGGACAUUUACUUGAUGCUGCACUUAAUGAUGAAAUUAUCUCUACUGACGCUUUUACUUCCGGUUUUAAAAUGACUGUUGAAGCUGCACCUGAUUAUGCAGUUGACAUUCCUUUGAUUUGGCAAUAUAUUGGUGAAAUAAUUGGUGCAUUUAUUGGUGCUCCAACAUCGAAUAUGUCACUAAUAAAACAAAUUUUACAAUCUGCUCCAGAUGAUAAAUCGAAACAAUUAUUUCAAUAUAUUAUUCGAUAUGCAACUGAAUUUUCGUCUCAAUCACGUAUACAAAAAUUUUGGCAAACAUCCGGUUUUUCUAUUAAUGAUGUACUUAAAUCUGAUCUUAUUGAUUCUUCGUUUACAAAAGAAUAUGAUUGGUUAUCCGAUACACCUGAAAGUGAACCUUCAACACCUCAAACAAAAGAAAAUGUUUCUCCACGUGCUGAUUCUCAACUUGUUAAAUUAUUUAAAUCUGUUAAUGAUCAAGGUACAACAGUAACUGAUCCAGAAAUUAUUGCAUAUAUUCGUGAGGUUAGAAAAUAA